AUGUCUUUCCAAAACUUCGAUUCCUUCCCCAACCAGGCCGAUGGUGCCGCUCCCGGCCCCGGUGCUCCCGAUGCCGACACUGCCAUGGCCGGUCAGCCCGAUAUGGCCGCUGCCUCCUUCCAGGGUCCCGCUCCUGGUGAGCCCAACUCCGCCGGCCCUCAGCAGGGCGCCGAUGGCAAGACCACUCUCUGGAUGGGUGAGCUCGAGCCCUGGAUUGAUGAGAACUUCAUCCGCAACCUCUGGUUCCAGAUGGGUGAGCAGGUCAACGUCAAGAUGAUCCGUGACAAGUUCUCUGGGAGCAAUGCUGGAUACUGCUUCGUGGACUUCUCCUCCCCUGCCGCCGCCGCUAAGGCCCUUUCCCUGAACGGCACCCCCAUGCCCAACACCAACCGGGUCUUCAAGCUGAACUGGGCUACCGGCGGCGGUCUUGCUGACCGCAGCCGUGACGACCGUGGUCCCGAGUACUCCAUCUUCGUUGGUGACCUCGGCCCAGAGGUCAACGAAUACGUUCUCGUCUCUCUCUUCCAGAGCCGCUUCCCCUCGUGCAAGUCCGCCAAGAUCAUGACCGACCCCAUCAGCGGCAUGUCCCGUGGCUACGGCUUCGUCCGUUUCUCUGAUGAGAAUGACCAGCAGCGUGCCCUCACCGAGAUGCAGGGUGUCUACUGUGGCAACCGCCCCAUGCGUAUCUCCACCGCUACCCCCAAGAACAAGGGCCCCGGUGUUGGCGCCAACAUGGGUAUGGGUCCCGGCCCCGCCGGCAUGUACCCUCCCAUGGGCGGUCCCCCCCAUGCCCUUCUAUGGUGCUCCCCAGCCCAUGAACCAGUUCACCGACCCCAACAACACCACUGUCUUCGUUGGUGGGAUUCGGCGAGAUCACAUACGUCAAGAUCCCCCCCUGGAAAGGGCUGCGGCUUUGUCCAGUUCGUCCAGCGCCACGCUGCCGAGAUGGCCAUCAACCAGAUGCAGGGAUACCCCAUCGGUAACUCUCGCCCCCUACCGCCCCGCUCCCCCGCCUCCCCCAUGUACCCCUCCAUGGGCAUGCCCCCGGCUCACCAGUAUGGCGGGUUUGCCCCGAUGAAGGUUAGCAGUCACCCCGGCAGCCCGGCCCCAGAACACUCUUGA